AUGAGCACAUAUAAUAUCCCCUCAUCUGGUCCAGCUGUCUAUGAUUCUGCGCCUCCCCCCUAUUCAGAACAUGAGCACAACACGGGAUCUACAGAGCAGGCUCCGCAAUAUGAAGCCCCCCAUUUCAAUAACUCAACCAGCGACUCAACAAGAUUGCAAGCUGCAACUACCAAAUUCCCUCCAGCCAUGAAUGGCUACAUGCCGAUGAAAUUCACCCCAGAGUUGCAUUUGGGACCAUCGGCAUCGGAGAAGUUGUACUUUAUGUCGAUAGAUAUUCAGCACCGUAAGAGCAUACAGACGAUGAUCCUUCGUGAUGGGCCGACCGAUAAGGAUCCGCCUCUGGCAUCACUGCAGAGUGACCCAUAUCUCCGAGAAAAGCCAGUCUCGGUGACCUUUGCAUCCCAAGGCGAGCUUCAAGAAAACUCUAUCGUAGAACCAUUAGAGGGUGUCAAGCCCUACAAACGCAUGAGCCCGACAUUCUCGAUCGCGGUUGGCGGAAACGGCAAAGACGCCUCCUGUGAACAAUUUCAGUGGCGCUCAAGCCACGGCAAAGAGAUCAAGGAGCUUGCCGGCCACACAUCCGGUUGGAAGCUGGUGCGACUGUCGGAAACAGUAGGCGAGACAGGUGGGAGUCGCUCCCAACGAGCGAUGGGGUGUUCUAGUGAUGGGAAGGAGAUUGUGGCUGUCAUCGCCCACAACGCAUCGUUGAGUCUGUCGAAAGGGUUCAAGUUUGCUUUUGUGGGUAGCGGGCUUACCGGUGUCUUGGGAGAAAAAUGGGAAAUCAUGACCCUUAUCACUGCAGUGUAUCUCUGGCUUAUCGAGUUCCAGAUUGCGACACACGUUAUUCCGGUUGCAUGA